AUGCACGAUGAUAGCGAUGAUGACAAGGCGUUUAGAGAGGCCUUUGGUUGCGACUUUUCGGAGGAUGGGGAGGAGGGCGAGGGUGACAAGCUGGUUGGAGAGGCCUUUGGAGAGGACUUUUCGGAGAUUGGGGAGGAAGAGGAGGGGUGGGAGGUCGAUGUGAGUCAAGAGAAGUUUUCGUAUGAUGAAGGAACCGCGUUCGAGGAGGAGGAGGAGGAUGAGGAGGGGGAGGGAGAGGAAGAGGAGGAUGGUGCGAUUGACGAUUGUGGGAGGGUUUACUUGCAUUUAGAAGCGACAGACUGGUUAGAUGGCGUUGAGGCAGGCAUUCGAGAUGAGUAGUAACAUGAUAAAUACCUCAGCCAUCCGCCGAUGUUUCCUCUCAA